AUGCCCGACGGCGCGUACAGCUUCGCCGCCGAGUUUGCGGCCUUUCUGCCCAAGAAGCCGCCUUCGACAGCCAGGCCACGCGGAGGCGGAGCCGGGUCAGCGACAGCAUCGGCCAUGGGUGCUGCGGUCUCUGUUGCCACGCAUCCGCCGCUUGGCCAGGUCACGACGGUGAUUGGCAGCGACGUGACGUUUUAUGCCGUCGUGGAGCAGGAGACCGAUAAGGAUACGCAAAACGACAAGAUUCUCCGGUCUCCGCCUCCCCUCGAAGUCAGCCUCUGGCAUUCCCCAACGGAGCGGGCUGCCGGUGUCGAGGGCGAAGACGGCUCGGGGUGGACGGCGACGGCGUUUCAGCCAGUCGACGAGAAUGGCCAAGACGCCAGCGGCAAGACGGUGACAGGCAAGGCCCCGAUCUUCUGGGCGCUGCAGAACGAGAGCAAGAACGAAAACGGCGAGAGCGGCGAGACGGACGGGCAGCCGACCGUGGUGCGGCACUACUACCGUGCGGUCGUCGAGAACGCAAGCGGCGGGCCGCUGCACUUUACCGUCCGGUUCCGGGCGCAGACAAACAGCAGCGGUAGAGUCGACGGCGACAACAGCAGCACCCCAGCUUGGCGCUGGGUCGGUGACGAGCAGCAGAUUGGCGACGGCACCGUCAUUGUGCGCGACCCCGUCGCAGGAGACCAGAGAGCAACCGACGACGCCAACAGCAUCCCCAACUUGCCGCCACCCAAGACCGUGGCAGACGAGCAGGCAUCAUCCGUCUCGCCGCUCGCCCAACUCCAGGACCUGAUUGGCGACCUCAAUCCGGCAUUCCGCGUCACGUCGCCGCGCAGCCAGGCGCCGGGCGCGCAAUUGUGGGAGCUGACGGUGCCUGUGGCUGCCGUCGCCGACGAUGGGGGGGACCAGUCCGCCUACACGACCGUCCCGAUCGGCAUGCCCUGGAAAGGCCGCUUCCUGCGCUGGUUCUCGCUCAUGCGGCUGUGGUCGCCUUGGCUGGCGCCACAGCAGGGCCGGCAGGCGCUGGACCGCGCGCUGGACGCCGUGCUGUGCUCGUUUCUGAGCGACGCCGAUGGACGGCACCUGGUCUUUCUGGCCAUCAGCGGCGUCGACCACGUCCAGGGCCUCUUCCAGGGCGGGCAGGACGACAACCGCCAGCUUGUGCUCAGCGUCCGCAGCGACAGCCCCAAGACCGAGACGGCCACGGUGCUCGUGGCGGCCUGCGACACGUUUGAGAGCGCCAAUGCGGCCGUCAUGUACCACGCGCGCUCGCUCGUGCACCAGAUGGCGACUGCGGACGCCGAGGAAAUCCAGACGCUCGCCGGCGAGGUCAAGCCGGCGUGGCUGGAGAACUGGUACGAUGGUCUCGGCUUCUGCACGUGGAACAGUCUUGGCCAGAACCUGUCCGAGGACAAGAUCGUGGCCGCCGUCGACGCGCUCGCCGACCACGGCAUCCGCAUUGCCAACCUCAUCAUCGACGACAACUGGCAGUCCAUUGACCGCGCCCACGGGGACGGCCAGUUCCAGUACACGUGGACCCGCUUCGAAGCCGACCCGCAGCAGUUUCCGCAGGGGCUCAAGCACGCCGUCCAGCGCGUGCGCGAGCGCCACCCGACAAUCGAGCACGUCGCCGUCUGGCACGCGCUGCUGGGCUACUGGGGCGGCCUGACGCCCGCGGCCGCCGGCGGCGAACUGGCCAAGACGUACGCGACGCGCGUCGUGACGCGCGCGCAUCCCAAGCGGCGCGACCUGCCCAUUGCCGGGCCCAUGGUGGUGGUGGACGAGCCGGACGUGCAGCGCUUCUACAAUGACUUUUACGCCUUCCUCGUGGACUGCGGUGUCGACGGCGUCAAGACGGACGCCCAGUUCAUCAUCGACACGUGGACGUCGGCGGCGACGCGGCGCGCGCUCACAACCAGGUACCAGGACGCCUGGACGGUGGCCACGCUGCGGCACUUUGGCAGCCGCGCCGUGAGCUGCAUGUCGCAGACGCCCAAUAUCCUCUUCUACUCGCAGCUCCCGCAGAAUCGGCCGCCGCUGCUGGUGCGCAACUCGGACGAUUUCUUCCCGGACGUGCCGGCGUCGCAUCCCUGGCACGUCUGGACCAAUGCGCACAACAGCCUGUUCACGCAGCACCUGAACGUGCUGCCGGACUGGGACAUGUUCCAGACGGUGCACGGCUACUCGACCUUCCACGCCGCGGCGCGCUGUGUCAGUGGCGGCCCCAUCUACAUCACCGACACGCCGGGCCAGCACGACCUGGGGCUGAUCCAGCAGAUGACCGGCACGAGCGUGUACGACAAGACGGUCAUUUUCCGGCCGAGCGUCGUCGGCCGCUCGCUCGACCAGUACGUCGGCUUCCACGACAACGUGCUUCUCAAGGUGGGCAGCUAUCACGGCAACGCCGCGGGCACGGGCAUUCUGGGCGUGUUCAACGUGUCGGACCGCCGUGUGCACGAGCUGGUGCCGCUGGCGCGCGUGCCGGGCGUGGACGCCGGCGACGGCGCAGACAUGCUGUACGUGGCCCGUGCACAUACCUCGGGCAGGAUCACGGGCGCUCCGGUGGGCGCCGACGCGCUGCUGACGCUGGCGCUCGACACGUACCAGUACGAGAUUGUGAGCGUGUACAAGGUGCAUUCCUUUGAUGACCGUCGUGGUGGCGGCGGCGGCGGCAAGACCAACCGCCCACUGCAUGUGGCCAACCUCGGUCUGCUUGGCAAAAUGGCGGGCGCGGCCGCCGUUGUUGGCACGACCUACCGCCAGCGCGACGACAACAACCGCGUUUCGCUGCAGACAUCGCUCAAGGCACCCGGCAUACUGGGUCUGUACGUGUCCGGGCUGGCCGAGGGCCGCCGCACGGUGGCGGACAGCUUCUUGGUGACGAUGCGCGACCAGCCAAUUCCGGCGCACUGUGCAGCCGUCUCGGCCCAGGACCCGCACGUGCUGGAAAUUGACACGGCGCGGGCGUGGCGCGAGCUGGGCUUCAAGCCCAUGAUGAACAACGAGGUGCAGCUGACGGUCUACAUUUCUGUUGAUGAGGUUGCAUAG